UUGAAGAUGGCGGACGAAGAGAAUAGUCACGGAGCGGUCUUUUUAGGCGCGCCAGAAACGGACGAGCCUCUCGCGAAGAGACCAAAAACCGGCCCGGUGACCAACUGCGGGUUACAUCCUACGGAACAAGAGUCGCCCUCGUGCGUCUCCAUGGGCUCAGAGAACGUGGAGGCGGUGGUAAAUUGCGCGCAGCCUGCGGAGAAGAAGGAAGCGAAGCCGGUGAUGGCGGUACACCAGGCCCUGGCGGCAGCUCGAGGCGGAGACAACAAUGGACUUGAUGGACUGGGGCUGCCGGUCUCCGACCUGCUCCGACCGCUUGGGAAAAAAAACGAGAGCGUCGUCUUCGCUUUAACCCACGAAAGCGCCGGUUUUCUUGGACGUGACGAUCAGCCAUCCAACGGCCUCGCUGUCACACCAGAGCACAUCACUGACGAAGAUGACAAGUCUUCUCAUGCGAGCUCCAGCGACUGGACUCCCCAGCCACACAUAGGUUCCUACAGUUUCAUCCAGCAGCACAUCAGAGAGACCGAUCCGAGGGCCAUUCUGAGGGAUUUGCUUCCGGAGACCAUACUCCCUCCAGAUCUGGACGACAUGACGUUGUGGCAGAUCAUCAUCAACAUCUCGGAACCGCCAAAAAGGAAGAAGCGGAAGGAUGUUAACUCUUUAGAAGACGUUGUCCGGCUAUUUCAUGAAAGCAAAAGGAUCCUUGUUCUGACUGGUGCUGGGGUUUCAGUUUCGUGUGGAAUACCAGACUUUCGGUCCAGAGAUGGAAUUUAUGCCCGACUUGCUGUAGAUUUUCCAGAUCUUCCAGAUCCUCAGUCCAUGUUUGAUAUCGAGUACUUCCGACGAGACCCAAGACCCUUUUUUAAAUUUGCUAAGGAGAUCUACCCGGGUCAGUUCCAGCCUUCGCCCUGUCACAGAUUUAUAUCCAUGCUGGACAAACAGGGGAAGCUGCUACGCAACUACACCCAGAACAUUGACACGUUGGAGCAAGUGGCCGGCGUUCAGAGGAUUAUUCAGUGUCACGGGUCGUUUGCGACGGCAUCCUGUCUCGUUUGUAAACACAAGGUGGACUGUGAAGCUAUAAGGGAGGAAAUCUUUCACCAGGUUGUUCCUCGUUGUCCGCACUGUCCGGAUAUUCCUCUGGCAAUAAUGAAACCCGACAUUGUCUUUUUUGGAGAGAAUCUUCCAGAAAUGUUCCACAGAGCCAUGAAGCAGGACAAGGACGAGGUGGACCUCUUGAUUGUUAUUGGUUCCUCGCUCAAAGUGCGACCGGUUGCCCUGAUCCCAAAUUCCAUUCCUCAUGACGUGCCUCAGGUUCUGAUCAACAGGGAACCGCUGCCUCAUCUAAACUUUGACGUGGAGCUUCUUGGGGACUGUGAUGGCAUCAUCAACGAGCUCUGCCAUCGGUUGGGUGGAGACUUUGAGCAACUCUGCUUCAACAUUUCGAGACUCUCUGAGAUCACGGAGAGGCCGCCUCGGUUACCGGAACCAACGCUAAGUGGGGCCUUGUUUUCUUCAAAUGACGCGGCGGCUCAGGAGGAGCCGCCGCAGCCUCGUACGGACUCUAUAAACAAGCCUGCGGAGGAGACCAGAGGUCUGAAUGUCACAGGGACUGCUGAGGAGAACGUCACGCCUUUGGAGCCUAGUUCAAAUCCACAUUGUCCAACUGAGGACACCACCGCGUCUCCAAAGCUACCGAAAGGGGACUUCUCAAAAGACAAUUCAGCUGACGUAAAGAGCCAAAACACCAGCCUUGAUUAUUGUAAACGGUACUGGAUGAGUCGAGUCAACAGAAGUCCGAUAAGUAAACGCCUUGAGGCGGGUCAGUACUUGUUCCAGUCACCUAAUCGUUACAUCUUCCACGGAGCGGAGGUCUAUUCAGACUCCGAAGACGAGACGUCGAGUUCCUGCAGCAGCGACAGCGACGGGUCGGAGUGCAGUCCAGAGGAGGUCGAAGACGACAGCGAGCCAGAGGACGCAGCGGAGGACGGAGAGACGUGUCUCAAAGACUCUUUACAACGCGCUCUGUCCAACGAGGCGACGUCCAGCCCGCAGAAAGACAGUACUUCCGAAAAGGCUCUGAGCGCAAUGGAUGUCCAAGUGUAAAAACCUGACGGAGCACUUAUUCAU